UUCAGAACUUGAAAGAGAUUGCGUCGUAGCUAGCUGGUUUAACCUGAUCAUCGUAGACUUCAACAAUAAUCUGAAUACGUUUUCAUGCGUACUACAUUUGUCAGAAUGAUGCACUAUAAAUGUAGACAAGGCAUCUAUCCAUUCAGCAAUGUGAAACGGUUCGAAGUGCCUGAAGAUAAAGUGCCAUGGAACGUUGAAUACCCAGAAUACGAACCAGUCAAAUACACCGCUCCGGUUCUAAAAGGUAAACCCUGGGCGGAUCCGGAAAUUGAAGAUGUUUCGUUCAAACCAAAUUGGAAUUCUUUUGAUGAGAAGGUGAAUCGUAAAAGUUUUAUGAGUGAUUAUAUUAUAAAUGAAGAUGGUUAUCCUUUAAAUCCUGUUGGUCGUACUGGUAUCAUUGGACGUGGCCUCUUGGGACGAUGGGGACCAAAUCAUGCUGCAGAUCCAAUUGUGACUCGUUGGAAACGAAGAACAACAGGAGCAUUAGAAAUAGAUAAAAACACAGACAAACCAAUUCUAGAAUUUGUUGCCAUACAAAGGCAAGAUUCCAAAGAAUGGGCUAUUCCUGGUGGUAUGGUCGAUCCAGGUGAAACCAUCUCUACAACACUUAAAAGAGAAUUCAUGGAAGAAGCUAUGAAUUCUCUAGGAAAAGAUGAUGCAGAGAAGAAGGAAUUAGAAAAAUCUAUAAGGGAAUUUUUCGAGAAGGGAGAAGAGAUCUAUAAAGGAUAUGUGGAUGAUCCUAGAAAUACAGACAAUGCUUGGAUGGAAACUGUAGCUUCAAAUUUCCAUGAUGAGCAUGGAAGUACCGUUGAACAAAUAACACUAACAGCUGGAGAUGAUGCAUAUAAUGUAAAAUGGAUAACAGUCGAUAAAAACCUGAAUUUAUAUGCUAAUCAUAAUGAGUUCAUUAAGGAAACAGUGCGAAAGCAUAAUGCACAUUGGUGAUAUCUCUUAAGCCUUGUUUUGCAAAUUAAACAUAAAUAUUACUACUUGUUAAAGAAAAUUUUAUUUUUAUACUGGUAUUUACAAAAAAUUAAUUAAAAACGUUUAUACGUACACAAUAUAUAUUUUAUGAAUGUGAGAACAAUUUAUAUGCUUUAUAAAAAAUAAUGAAGUGUAUUAUAAAAAAGAAUGAAUAAUAUAACUUUCAAAGAAAUGUGACACAUUUCAUUUGUUGCACAAGUCAUGUCUAUAUAUCACAUAAAGUAGUAGUAAUCGAUCAUCUAUUCUAUGAGAAAUAUAUUUAUACAUUUAUAUACAUAAUCUACGUAUUCAUCACAGAUACAAUCCAAUUUAAUUUGGAAUUGUAUCAAUUUAAGUCACUAUUACAAACAUGGUACCUUUCCUCCAAUUAUGUAUCUCAUCAAAGAUAAUAAUAUGUCAAAGACAUCAUCAUCAAUAUUUUUAAAAGCAAUUAUUUACAAGUAUAUUAUACAAAACAAUAAAUAUUUUUGUAAAAAUACUGUGUGUACUGAAUAGAUCUUACUAUAUGAUUAAUAAUUGUAGAAGUGAGAAUACGAAAUGUAGGUUUUAUUUUUAUUAUUAAACCUUGAUAAAUCAUAAUUAUAUAAUCGACAGAAAUGUUAUUAAAAAAAAAGAAGAGUCUACUCUACAUAGACUUUUACAUGUGUAAUGGACAUCGUAUUUUCACUUU